GUUCGAACGAUAAGAGCAAACCUCCCCGCCCCUCUGCCUCGACCUCUUCGCUGCACUUGACCUCUGAGUAGCUUGUAUCGUCUUCAUAUACACCAAAACAGCCUAGUACUGUCAAUUGAUCAAGUAAUGCCUCUUAAUCCCGCUCUGCCGUUCUUCAUCGUCUCCCAUCAAACAGAUCGCUAACACGUUAUCGGCGCAGCAAUGUCUGAUUUCCUCACCGCCUACGAUGCCUUCAGCAAGGCCCCCACCGACCCUACCGCUGUGGCCGAGAUCACCUCAAUCAUCGAGAAGCAGGAGUCCUCCCUUGUCUUUUCCGAGAUGGAUUCCGCUGCCGCCAUGAAGCUCGGACUCGCCAUCCUCUCCGUCACUCCCGUGGCUCUCGCCCCAGACUCCCCCUCCUCAAGACCCGUCGUCGUCGCCGUCUACAUCGGCACCAACCUCCUCUUCUACUCCGCCCAGGACGGCACCGCGACCGAUAACUUCAUGUGGAUUCAGCGCAAGGCCUUCACCGUCAGACGAUUCGGCCACGCUUCUUUGUACAUGGGCAUCAAGGCCGAGGCCGCCGGCUUCUCCUACAACGAUCGAUUCGCGAUCCCCGUCACUGAGGGUACCGGCGCUGGAGGUGGAUUCCCAAUUUUUAUCAAGGGCGUCAAGUACCCCGUUGGAAUGGUCGGUGUCAGCGGUCUGCCUCACAUGGAGGAUCAUGAUGUGCUGGUCAAGGGUAUCCAAAAGUACCUUUCAGAGUUAUAAUCUGCUUAAAAGGAGCAUAACUUUUUGUCGAUGUUACUAGUCAAAUAUACUAAACACUUUUGUU